CUCUUAAUACAAUUUAACCUCUCGACCUCUGUGGUCUAAAAAAACAAACAAAUAAACAGUAUAGUAUAGACCACUCAUUAAAGAUGGCCAGAGCACUGACUGUAUGGGCCAAAGGACUGGGAAGGCUGUGGUCUCCAGCUCUGCACAUGAGGUCUGCCACCCGUCUGUUCUCUACUGGCUCAGUUGCUAGUCGCGAAAUGACAGUUCGUGACGCUUUGAAUGGAGCCAUGGGUGAGGAACUUGAACGAGAUGAAAAGGUUUUCAUAAUGGGUGAAGAAGUUGCUGAGUAUGAUGGAGCAUACAAGGUCACCAAAAAACUGUUCGAGAGGUUUGGGAGCGACAGAGUUAUAGACACACCAAUCACUGAGGCGGGCUUGGCUGGACUAGCUGUUGGAGCUGCAAUGGCUGGGUUGAGGCCGAUUUGUGAGUUUAUGACAUUUAACUUCUCCAUGCAAGGGAUUGACCAGGUGGUUAACUCAGCUGCCAAGACUCUCUACAUGUCUGGAGGUUUAGUCAAUGUCCCCAUUGUAUUUAGAGGGCCUAAUGGAGCAGCUGCUGGUGUGGCUGCCCAGCACUCCCAGGACUUCAGCUCCUGGUAUGCUCACGUCCCAGGGCUCAAGGUGGUAUCGCCGUAUAGCUGUGAGGAUGCUCGUGGUCUCCUGAAAGCAGCAGUGAGAGAUGACAAUCCAGUAGUUGUGCUGGAGAAUGAGAUCAUGUACAACAGCAUCUUUGAUGUGUCUGAGGAGGCACAAUCUACCGAUUUUGUCAUCCCCAUUGGCAAAGCCAAGAUUGAGAAGGAAGGCACUGAUGUAACCCUGGUGGGUGUGUCCAGGACAGUGGGUGUGGCUCUUGACGCAGCGAAACAGUUGCAGGAAGAGUAUGGGGUCAAUGCCGAGGUCAUCAAUCUGCGUACACUGAGGCCACUGGAUCGAGAGGCCAUCAUUCAGUCUGUAGCCAAGACUCACUACCUGGUUACAGUGGAGGGAGGCUGGCCACAGUAUGGAGUGGGCUCUGAGGUGGCUGCAUCAAUCGUGGAGAGCUCAGCAUUUGACUACUUGGAUGGUCCUGUGUAUCGAGUGUCCAGUUCUGAUGUACCUACACCUUACUGCCUUUCCCUGGAACAGCUCUCACUGCCACAGCCCCACAAUGUAGUCAAGACUGUCGCAAAACUGCUGAACUUAUAGUCAUAACAUAAUUAUUUUAUAGCUAUAUGUAUGUGUUUAAAGUGUGUUUACCCCUUUUAGCUUUACUUUAGUUUUGCCAUAACUAUCUAUUAUAGCCAUAACAAACUUUAUUGUGGAUGUGAUCAUUUCCAUUUUUUUAUAUCAUGGA